AUGUUUGCUGUCCCAGGAUGGUCCGUGUCCGUGGACGACCUCAGGUCCGAAACAGCUUCAGCGGCUAACGGGCCGUCCGCAACGAACCCGAAGAAGCGGAAGAGAAAUGGCGCUGCUGGCCGAGACUCGCAGGUCGUCACGCCUUCCAACGUCGCCGACCUGUACCAGACUCUCGUUGCCGGCAAGGCCGGUAAAGACGACGGAGCAGGGGAGGCCGCUGUCAAAGGCGCGUCCGGUGCGGGAAAACGCCCGAGAACGGAAAACUCUGCAGCAGCGACCGCGGGCUUCGCCGCGUCUGGCUCGGCAUCAGGGGAAAACGCAGACGAGAGCAAGGGUAAGAAGGAGGGCAAGGGCAAGAACGGAAAGAAGAAGGCUCGACAACCACCCCGGGGCGACGACGGAGGCGCUUCUUCUGAGCAGUGUCGCGCGAAAUCGACCGCCAAGGCCUCGUCAACGCCCUCGGCUCCCGAUGCUCCCGCACCACCCCUGGCUCAAGCGUCGUUGCCGCCGGCCCCGACCAAGCUGACGCCGUUGCAAGCCUCCAUGAGGGAAAAGCUCACGUCCGCGCGCUUCCGGCACUUGAACGAGACGCUGUACACCAAGCCCUCCGAGGAGGCCUUUUCCCUUUUUCAAGAGUCCCCCGAAAUGUUUGACGAGUACCACCAAGGCUUCAGGCGGCAGGUCAGGGUGUGGCCGGAAAACCCCGUCGACAGCUUCCUGGACGACAUUCGCAGCCGCGCCAGAGCCAAGCCGCCCGCAAAGGGGCGACCGGCACCGCCACCCUCGCAACGCUCCAAGAUGGCAUUGCCCCGUACCAUGGGAACUUGCAUAAUCGCCGACCUGGGCUGCGGCGACGCUCGGCUCUCCGAGUCGCUUCAGAGGGACAAGUCAAAGCUGCGCCUCGACAUCCUGAGCUUUGAUCUGCACAGCCCGAGCCCCCUGGUCACCAAGGCAGACAUUGCCCAUCUCCCCCUGGAAGACGGCUCAGUCAACGUGGCCAUCUUCUGCCUCGCCCUCAUGGGCACCAACUGGCUCGACUUUGUGGAGGAGGCCUAUCGCAUCCUCCACUGGAAAGGCGAGCUGUGGAUAGCCGAGAUCAAAUCCCGCUUCGGCCCCGUCCGUAGAACCGCCGCCGUGGUGGAGCACAGCGUAGGGAACCGCAGAAGGAGCGACGCUGCGCUGAGUAAAAAGGCCAAGGCUGCCCGCGAAGCAGCAGCCAAUGCCGUUCACAGCGAGGACCUGGCGGUAGAAGUGGACGGCAGUGAUGACCGCCGUCGCGAAACCGACGUCACUGCCUUCGUGGCGGCCCUCCAGAAGAGGGGGUUCGUUUUGCAAGGGGAUAGGUCAGAUGCGGUCGACUUGACGAAUCGGAUGUUUGUGAAGCUGCAUUUUGUCAAGGGAGCUACUCCCACAACCGGAAAGGGCGUCAAACGACAGGAGCAGGCCCCCAAGGCAGGCAACAGGAUGAACCGCUUUGCACCAAAGUGGGAUGAAGAAGAAGAAGAAGAAGCUGACGACAAAGCUGACAAUGACGAGACCUCCAUUCUCAAGCCUUGUGUUUACAAGAUUCGCUAA